UUCCGAAUGCUCUAAUUAGCAUACACACAGCAACAAUGAGAAGUAAAUGGCGCAACCAAGUCUAACAGUAGGGAAAAACCAGGAAAAUGCAAUAAGAGAAUCGAUGAAAACUAAUGGAAACAUUCAAUUUGGUCUGCAGGUUCCAGACCAUUUUGCAAGUUCAGAUUUAAUGAAAUCAACAGAAGAAAGUAGGUCAUUGAAUUUCAAUUUUCUUGGACCAAACCAGUCAAGUUUUGACGAGACACACAGAAAUGGACAGGUAACAGAUAACAACAGUGAAGAUCCAACUGCUGGCAGGGAUGGACCACAACCUGUUGAUUUUAGUCUUUUCUGGAGUGAUGUUAAUGCUAAUACCAUCAAAAACAACAGACAACAUCUUGACUCAGGAUUUUUUGAACCGACAAAUUUCAAUGACAGAUAUUGUAUGAACACCAGUGGAGAUAAAUUUUCUACAUUAGAUGAUAUUGUUUCACAAAUUGUUGAUGAUGAGAAUUCGUUAUACUCAUUUAACCAUAGCUUGGACAAUGCACAACAUACAUAUGGAAUUGAAAGCUCGCCAACCACACCAAGCAGUGCAUGGUCUUCAGGAACUGAUGAUUUUGGUCCUAAAAGUUCAUCAACAAGUUUCAGUUUUUCUGAAGUUUGGGACAGAAGUACAGCUAAUGAUUUACUCAAUCUUUCCAACAAUCCUAACAAUAAUAUCUUUCCUGUUGAAGAUAAAUCUUUCAUAUCAGAAAGUUCCGGUGUUCUGGAAGGGAGCCAGUCUGCACAAUCCAAAGCCUUAGAGAGUUUGAUUCAGGAUUUACAACGCACAGAUCUUUCAGCAUUUGACAAUUUAAAUCAGUUUCCUAUUCAAAGUACAAGGGCACAAGCAAGCAGCACACCUAUUUAUGGUCACACAAAUGAUACAAGACCAGAAAUUCAACAGAAAGCUAGAAGAUCCUUGGUUUUUGGACAAACAGAGCAGUCUAAUAUUGGGCUGCAAUCAUCUCAACCAGGAAUUGAUUUAAAGCACAUGUCUCAAACAUUUCCUAUAAAAUGUUCUUUAUCUCAGGGUGCUGCAGCAUUUCAGACUAGAUCACAAGAUGUGUUCACAAAUACACAGGGAUACCCAGCCUCCUACACAACAAGCAAUACAGCCAUACAAGACCAUGCUUUGUCUGAAACUAAUGGAUUUCAUUCCCGUUUGCAAUCUCAGAAGCAUCAUCCAUAUAGCUCACCAGUUGUCUCAUCAUCACAAAACAAGUCAAGUUUUCGAGAACCUGAAAUAGGGACACCACAUCAUCUAAUGGGUAAUACACAAGAGCUUCGACAGUUGGCAGAGCUUGCUACUAACCAUAACAUUUUGUCUCAUCCCCCUCCAGAACUUCAUCGCCAUGACAGACUUGGAAACUUUGAUCCCCAUAAACUACCACAACCUGACAAUUACAUCCAUGACAUGCUUUUAUCUCCAAUGGUCGAUCACUCAGUAGAUCAUGUCAAUCAGAGAGACCUCAUUUUGACUGAUCAGUAUGGCAAUAUUCCUCCUGCAAUCCAUCCUGCAUUUUUAAAAUACCACAAUCUUGUCAUGCCUCCUGUUCUCAUGCCACAAGGAGCCUUUCCAGCAGCAGAUCCCCUAGAGUAUGUUGCAGUGGACCAAUUUGGAAGGCUGAUACCAGCUUAUUAUAGGCCAGAGAUGUAUUUAGAUUUACAGAAUUACAUGUAUGGUUUUCAUCCUUUGCAUCCAGGUUUAAGAAAUCCAUUGAAGAGAACUGGUCCAUCAAAUGAGUUACAUGUUAAGUUGGAGGAAUGCUAUGAACAGUUCAGGAAUGUUGAGAGAGAAAGGAAAAAGACUGAGGCUGAAUUGGCACGUCAAAAUCCUGGAAAAAGAGUAUCGAGCAUGAAUAAUAUAGUUGUUCCAAGGCUACCAUCCAAUCCCUCCAGAGUUGACAGGCUCAUAGUAGACUCAUUUAAGGAACAUGCAAGGAUUUUAACACUGAUUGAUAAAAUGGAGAGGUUAAGAAAUAUAACAGUUCAUCCUAACAUCCAUUCAGCCAUGGAAAGAUGGCUGGAAGGCAUUAGAAAAGUACAAGCUAGACGAAAGGAAGAGAUUGUUAAUGCCACAAAUCGUCAUAGGAAUGGAGGUCCUAGACAUCAAGAGGACAAAGAUGUUCUUGCUUUAGCAGCAAGUAUAAGUGAAUUGUCAGAAUUAACAAGAAGGGCCAGAACUGCACAAUGGUGUUCCCUCCAGGCAGCUGAUAAGGACAACCCUUGUCUCACUAAAUAUGGAAUAGAUAUACAGUCCUUGACAACAGUCACACAAGGAGAAUCUCCUGGUAAAGAUAAGACAUAGAAAGAAAUAUCAGAGGAAGUCAACAUUUGGCAUUUAUGUGUGAAAUAUUAUGUGAUAGUAGAUAUUAAGUUCAGUCAUAAUCAUGAAAGAUACUGAUCAGAAAAUUAAUAUUAGGUUGUGAUAUUAGAACAUUAGGUGGCCAUUAUUAUUUUAUUUUUGUAAUCAAAGUUAAGAUUAAUAUUAUUUGAUGUUAUUUUAGACACUUGUGUAGAUUUUUAAUAAUUUGCAUGAUGUCAUUAAUUGCAUUAUGAAUAGUUUGUAUUGAAGUUUCUGCCUUAGGUAAAUAUUGAAUCAGAGUGUUAUAUUACAGGUUUAUUUUUUUAUUAAAGUUUUCAUAUAUAAACAUUGCACAUUGGCUAUGCUUUCUUUAAAGUUUUCCCUGUCAAAAGGAUCAAUCUUAAUUAAGGUAAAGAGCAUUUUAUAAGAUAAUUCAAUUUCAGAAAUAAUGCAUAUUGAUUUAAAUACAUGCAAAAUCGAAUUACUUUUUGUUUAUUUUGUUCUCUUUCUUGAAACAGUAAACCUUUAAAUUGCGCUCAAAUAAUAAUUUUUUUUUUUUUAAUAUUUACUUAAAAAAAUUUCUUUUUAAAACAAUUAAUUCAGAUGCAUUUAUUCUCUUCUUUGGCUUAAGAAAUAAACAUCGGAAAAAUACCUGAUACAAUUUUGCUUUUACAAAAUGGAGGGAGUCCAUCAACUUUAUCAUAUUUCCUCAGGUAUUGUUCAUCUAUUCCUGUUUUAUAUAUUUUGUCUAUUAAUAUAGAUGCAUGUUUAUGUAGAACUAGUUUGAGACUAUCAACAAUUAAUGUGGAAAUCAGGAUAUUAUAAUAAAAUUGUUUUGGCCUUUAGAAUUUAAAUAUUUCAUAGCAUUUAAAGUGUAUGUAUAUAGUCUCUCAUCAUUCCCUAACAUAGUUAGAUGUAAAUUUACUAGUUUUAUUAAGUUAUUGUUAUUUAGAAAUGAUAUUUCAUAUCAGGUGCAUAUUUAUUGAAUCAGCUUCUUUUUGUAUUCAGCAGCUUAGAAAGGGGAUUGCUUUAUGUUCAUAGCCAUUUAACUAUUAUGGAAAAUUUAUUAUAAAAAAAUUUAUUGAUAGUAAUCAUUUUGAAUUUAUGUUAAAAGUCCUUGUUGUCUUUUUGAUAUAUCAGAUUUGAUUGUCUGAUUUAGGAAUAUUAUCUGAACUGCAUCAUCUUUAAAUAUUUUGUUGCAAAGUGUGAUUCAGUCUGUCAUAUUUAAAAAAAAAUUAGUUAGGAGAUUCAGACUUUGCCGAAAUGUUUGGGUAUAUUUAUCAAGUGCUGUGGCUGUGAUCAGAUAUUAAACAAACAUGAUGACCAUGAACAGAGAUGGGUCAUUAGAAUUUUUUUAAAUAAUUUAAGGGGUCGUAAAUGGAAACAUUUAAAAAAUUGCUGUUAUGAAUCUUAAAGAACUGUUAUAGUUGUAUAUGUUUAUUAUUUAGAUCAAAUAGUAUUAUUUAUCAUUUUGUACAUAAUAAGCAGGAAAUAGAAUUUUUUAUGAAGUUAUACAGCAGGGCAUGUAAUAAUAUAGUUUAUUAAUAUGUAAAUAUUUUUAAUACUGCCAUAAUUUAUCUUUUCAUCUUUGGUAAUUACACAUGGUUUGUUGUUGAAGCAUAAAAGAUUCAAAAAUAUUUUGUGGCUACAUUAUUUCUGUUCAUAGAAAAUAACAAUAUAUCGUAUGUGUUCUAAAACUUUGCAUUUGAGUAAAUUUCUUUUCAAUAUAUUAUUUUUGAAGAGUAUAAGUGCCAUGUCUCUUUUGUAAGAUUAAAUUAAACAUGUAAAUACACAGUUAAUGAAGAGAAUUCAUCAAUCUUGUUCAUGGUGCAUCAAAUUUCUAGUCUUUCAUUCUAAUAUUUAUCAGUCUUCAAUUACAUAAUGUAACAGUAUUAUUCUGAGUUGGGCACACAUUUUGUGCUUUUGAAAAUAAACGCCAUAUAGGCUUCUUUUCCCCCCUUCUUAACAUUAGUUUCUCUUAAUAUGUUUGAAGAAUUGAAAACAAAUCAGAUAUCUUGAAAAUGUUGUAUAUCUGGGAUCUGUUAUCAAUCAUAACAUAAUCACUCAAGCCUUGUAAAGUUGCAAUAAAUAGGAAUUUAACUUUUCCUAAUUCAUGUUUUGGAUUAAAUGGAUUUUUAAAAGAUCCAAAUUAAUAUGAUUGUGGAUAUAAAUAAAUUGUUUGGCUUUCUUUUCUUUUGAAAUUUAUUGACAAUGUUGUGUUUUUACCAUUUUCAUUUUUAUAAUUAGACAUCAGUUGGUCAAGAUGCCAAUUUUACAAGUAUUUUAGUUGUUGUACAAAUAUAGUGAUGAAUAAAUAGUUUGUUUUAUUUGUAGAUGUUGAUUUUAUAGUUUAUAUGAGAUUAGCCCAUUUAUGUUUAAAAGUAACAUGUAUUUAUUGAAGAGGCAUGUCUCUGAAUCAAUCAAAAUUAUCAUGUAGUAUACUGCCUGUUAAAAACUAAAUGCCAUGCAAUUGAAAUAGAAGAAUUUGUUUAAUCUUGCCACCACUUAAUGAAAAUAAAAUAGUUUGGAAUUUAUAUGGGUUUCCUUGUUUCAUUAACAAAAUUUCAAUAAAUAUAAUAAAUAUCCAUGUAAAAAUAGCUUCUGCUGCAGGAAACCCACUGUGAAACAAAGCUAGUACUGAUUCCUAAGAAACCAUUUAUUUUAUCAUAAUGUCAGUAAACAUAAAUGCUC